CGACGCCAAAGAUGGCGUCAGAUUCAAACGGCUGCGGUAGUAGUGUUGCUGAUUGAUAAAUGAACUACAAUAAACGGAGCUAUGCAGGUGGAACCAGCGGAGCGGAGGAGGCUGCGUGACCGAGGCAGGCGGGGGGAGAGCGGGCAGAGCAGAGCUGAACCCCGGGAGACCCAGCAGAGCGCCGGGAGGAACUCUGAGGAGCAGCUAGCAAGGUUCAUAGAGACCUUUGCCGUCCUGCAGAGGCAGAGAGAGAAUCCAGCAGGAGGGAGAAGAAGAAGAGCUGAAAGGGAAGAUGAAGAGGUAGCAGGAGAGCCAGGAGGGAGGGACAGGAGCCGAGGGGGUGGAGGGAGGGGGAGAGAAAGGGAGGGGGAGGCGGCAUCGGGAGGAAGUGACAAGGACGAGCGAUCUGAGAGUCUGAGGAGGAGAGCGAAUCAACUGGAGAAAGAAAAACUGGAGCUGACGUCGAGCCACAACCAGGAGCUUUGCCGUCUGCAGGCGGAGCUGACCCGUCUCAGGUCAUCUGUGGAGCGAGGAGAAGCUCAGCGGGUGGAGCUUCAGUACCAGCUGACUGUGAGCCAAAGAGACACCGACAGAGCCGUGGAGCUCAGCCGGGACAAAGAAACACUCACAGAGAAAGCAGCGGAACUCUGCAUGAAGGUUCAGGAGCUGCAGAGAGCUCUGGAGAUCACCCGGCAGGCCAGGGCGGAGGACCAGCAUGCUUUGCAACAGGAGGUGGAGGAGCGGGACAGACUGAUUCAGAGCUUCAGCUCAGAAAAUCAGCGUCUGCACCGACUGCUGCAGGAUCAGGAGGAGGCUCUGGAGGAGUCAGAGAGGAGGCUGAUGGAGAUACUGAAGGAGAAAGAGAAGGAGGCCGAGGUGAACAGACGACAGGCCGACGAGCUGAAAUACGUGACGGAGAGAGAGGAGAGGAGCAGGAGGGAGAAGGAGCUGUCCGAUCAGAGGGCGAGGAGUCUGGAGUCCAGCAUCGAGGCGGAGCGAGCCUCUCACCUGGAGUCAAAGUUCAACUCUGAGGUCGUCCAGCUGAGGAUGCGGGACGUGGAGGCGGCGCUGGCAGUGGAGAGGUCCGGUCACCAGGAGGCGCAGUCGAGCCUGGAGCUGCUGAGGGCUCAGUUCAGAGAGGUGGAGAGGGCUUACAACAUGGAGAGAGAGAGGAGCGGCAGCACUGAGCAUGCUCUGGAGCGUUUGCAGAAGGAGCACGAGCAGUGUAAGUCUGACCUAAACGUUGCCUUGGAAACGGAGAGGAAGUUGACCUCAGAGCUCAAAGAAAGUCUGGAGGAGGAGAUGAAACGGCACGCAGGAACACAAACACUACUGGAGCAGGCAUCUCGGCGGCUGUCCGGCGCCGACGAGGCCUUUGUGACCUUUGUGACACUCGUCAGAGAAACACUGCAGCAGCACAGCAGCACAGCAGACAGCAGUCCUCCAGCAGAGGAUGAUGGGAACAUGAGUCCUUCAGCUGAAGUCCUGCAGCUCCUGAAGACGACGCUGAGCGGCUGCAGACAGAAACAGACGAUGACAGAUAAACAGGUGGAGGAUCUGAUCACAGCGUCAGAGAGACUACGAGAGGAGAACGAGACGCUCCGACGGCUGAGCUCAGACCAGAGCCGACACGCUGAGGAGCUGACGCAGAAGUCCAUCACACUGGGAGAGGAAGUGACACGCCUGCUCAAGGAGAGCUCUGAUUGGUCCAUGCAGAAUCAAGGCCUGAAGGCAGAGCUGGAGAAAGAGAGGAGGGAGAGAGUGAGAGAGAGGGAGGAGAGGGAGAAAGAGAGGGAACGAGGGACAGAAGAGAGGGAGAGAGAAAGGGAGCGAGAGAAGGAGGAGAAGAUGACACAAGUGCAGAAAAUAAUGGAACACUACGAAGAGGAGUCAAAGGUCCGGCUGUCCUUCCUCUACCGUCUCUACCAGCGCCUCCUCGCCGGCUGUGUCCUCCUCGAUCAGCCCCAGAGCAUCCUGGGUACCUUCACCUGGGAGGAGCUGUGUGAUGUCAUCAGUGAACAGGUGGACCAGCUGACCUCUGACCUCCAGACGGCCAACAACAAGAUCGCCCACCUGCAGAGUGAGUGUAAGAAGAGGAGCGUGUGUGUGCGUGAGCUGCAGCGCAGUCAGCAGUGUGUGUUGUCUCGUCUGGAGGAGAGCGUGAAGAGGAGGGAGGAGGCAUGGAGCCGCCAGCACGUUACCGCGGUGACUCAGCUGCAGGACGAGCUGCAGCUCUGUCGCUCUCAGUGCGACUCUCUCCGAGACCACGCCUCCUCUUUGGAGCUCCGCCUCUCCUCUAUGACCUCUGACCUCUCUCGGAGCCAUGAGGAGUCGGCCUCCUUCCUGUCAGCCUGCGCCCUGCUGGUCGGGGCGCUCAGACACGCCCACCGCCGUCUGCUCACGCUCUGUACUCAGAAAUCUCUCCUGAUUCGCCGACUGAAAGAGCGGGAGGAGCUGGAGGACGAGGUCCGGAGGCUGGCUGACGCUUUAGGAGGAGAAGAAGAAGAGGAGGAGAAAAGAAGGAGGAGUAGAGCCGUGAGGCGUUGGAGGAGGAGCCUGUGGGUGGUGGUGGCGGUGAGGAGGUGGUGUGAGCUGGCCAAUCAGAAGACGGUCUUGUUUCGGGUGGAGAGGGGAGGCGGGGCAGCUGUGGGCGUGGAUGUUUCAGAUAAAGACGGCGUUGAAGGUGUUUGUGCUCGCUGGCUUCGCUCUGAACGCCUCUCGUCCAUCAUCCUGUCGUCCGUGUCUGACCUCCAGGGGGCGCUCGACUGCGCUGGCUCCUCCUCUCUGGAUGUGAUAUCAGCAGCUCGUUUAGCUUUGUCCCUCCUCCUGGAUCAGCUUCUGGACCAAUCAGACGGCCCGCCCAGCCUGUCUCCAGGCAGAGUUGAAGACAAAGAGAGCAAUGCCACAAACAUGAAGGCUUUAGUCUCCACCCUCCAACAGCACUUCCUGCUCUUCAGCCAACGUCUGCACUCCGCUGAGGUAGAGAGGCGGAGCCUGAGGCUGGAGGUGUCCAAUCUGAGGAGAGGAUCGAGGCGGGAGAGAAGAGAGACGUCUAAAACAGUCCCAGCUGAUCGGUUCGUCAGCGUGUGCGAGGAGCUCCGUCAGGCGCUGAGCAGAGAGCAGGAAGCUCAGGCGCUGCUGCAGGAACAGAGACACGCCCUGAACACGCUGCAGCAGCGAGCGAGUACACACUCAGAGCAGAGCGACACUCAGGCGACGCUGAGAGAGAGCAAACAGUCUCUGUCACAGGCUCAGCAGCAGGUGAGGGAGCGCUCGCUGAGGAUUCUGGGUAAGCACCUGUCAGGGGUUCAGGAGGAGAAGAAGCAGCUGGAGAAGAGGCUGCAGCAGAUGGAGGAACAGCUGAGAAACAUGAGCAGUUGUGAAGACUGUCUGAGCAGAAUCACCAGGACUGCAGAGACGAGCAUCAAGGAGGUCUCAGAGAUUCCUAAAGCUUCUCCACUCACUGACCUGGACACCCCUCAGCCUGUUCCCCUCCCUGGUCCGUCUAAGGAGCUGCCAGUCUUCUUAAACUCCGCCCCCUCUAAGAUAGACCCCAGUCCUCUCCAGCAGAGCCAGACCCCCCUAUCCCCCCUCUGUAAAAACCCCCGAGCCAAAAGGAAAGAGAAGAAAGCCGUGAAGAAGACCAGAGCGGGUAGAAAAUGACAGCACUAGGACUUUUGUAGUUUUUAAAUGACAUGUAGCAUCAGAGCAGCCGUCCUGGAGUUCCUGGAGGAGGAUCCUCCAGGAAUUUAAGCCUGGAGGGAAUAUUUAUGAACACUUCAGGAGUUUAAGACUGGAAAACUUGAACAAAGUACUGAGAAGGAAAGACUGCAAACUGCAGGACAAUCACUGAUAGGAACCAGCAGAAGGGAGCCAGAGAACCAGGAUGGGUCAGAAGGGUUCAUUUAGGACCUUUGUCCAGAGUUUGACGGUGCCAGACGGAGCUGAACCAGAGCAGCGGGUGGAAACGAAGCUGGAGAAGUUUUCUAACCAAAUAUUGCUCUGACUGCUUCGUCAGCAUCAGGACUCUUUCUGAGUGUGUUUGAGGCCCUCAGGCUCCGUGUGGGUCUCUGCCUCUGAGGAUUUCUCUGAAUGUCUUAAUGCUAACGCUCACACACCCUCAGGCUGGGAACGUGGCAGCAGAUUAAGUCCCUUUUAUUAGACCGUCUCCAAACUGCUGAUUCAGCCAAACGGACUGUAGAUCUGCUUUUCCUCUGGAGGGUUGGUGUCAUUUCACUCUCACUCCUCAUCCUCACAGUUUCAGACUCCUGUUUCCCUGAGUGUUUCUUCAUCACUGAAGUUCCUCACACACCUUCAACAUUAAACCUGCUGUAAAAUGUUUUCUUCUCCUCUGUUUCAGAGGGUUAAAGGUCGCUGUGAGUGACUACGACUCCGUCCAGGCUUUGAGAGAAAAACACAAACGUUCAUUCUUUAAAGUCAUUAAACAACAU